AAAUUUUUCUCCAACAAAUUUUUACUUCACCAGCCUUUGUGAAAUAUUUAUUCAUUAAUUUUUAUUUAUUUGAAUAAAACAUCGAAAUAUUAAUUGCUGUAAUUAUGAGAAAUUAUUUGAAGCUAUCUUUAAUUUUGAGUUUUUGCUUUUUUGAAUUAAUUCAAGCUGCACCACCAGAACAGGAUAUCGAAGCCUACUUUAAAUAUUUAGCAACAAGAGUCGAAGAAGUACGAGACAAAUGCGAAGAAGAAUCUGGCGCGACUUAUGAUGAUUUGGAAGCUUUGGACGAAGGAAAAAUUCCUGAAACGGAAACUGGGAAAUGUAUGAUUGCGUGUGAAUUUAUUGAAUAUGGAAUCAUUAACGAAGAUCAUAAAUAUAAUAAAGAUGGUAUUUACGAUAUGUUACCUAAAUAUUUACGUGAAGAUAAGACUUUAGAUAAUUUCCGAAAAUUGACGGACCGAUGUGAAAGGGCUGUCGAGAAAGUAGAAGAAGGAGAUGUUUGUGAAUUGGCUAGAAAAUUAAAAUUAUGUUUCCAACAACAUGCAUCAGAGUUUGGUAUUAAAAUGUUCAUGGAUGUUGAAAAUUUUGGUUAUAUUGAUUACAAAAAAUAAUAAAUAAUUCGAAACCUAAUAAUUUUUUUUAUAAUGUUCCAUUGAGUAACUAUUAUGAUAAAUAAAAAUUCUGGGGAAAACAAUAUUUUUUUU